AUGUACGAUAGUACUUUGAAGGAUGUAAAAAAGACACGAAGGCGGCGCAAGGGCGCCAACCUGAUGGGGGCCGCAACCUCCUUUGCAUCCAUCCCCGAGGAGGAAGUGGUGUAUGUUGCCGACACGGACGAGGCUCUUCCGGGGAAGAUUUCGGGUGCAAAAGAUGAAUACGAAGAUAUUCAAAAUGCAGUUGUGCGCAAUGUUGCUGAGAGACAAUUGCUUGGCGGAUCGCUUAAUAUAAAAUACAUCGAAAAACAGUCCGAAUCAAUACGUUAUAGUACACAAACAGCUGCCGGUGGGCUUGAGCAGGAUUCGAAUUCAGGGUUGGACGCGUACUACCAGGAACUUGUGGUGCUGCGCGACACGCUGGAGGCGGAGGACAGGGAGGCGAAUGCCCCGAUGAUCCGGUGCGUGGAGGAGCAGCUGAGGCGCCGCAUGCAGCAGCUGGGCGCCGACGAGCUGAAGGCGGCGAGGGCGGAGGCCCGCGCGGAGGGGCGGCUGCUGGAGCAGCACCCGUACCUGGAGGGCGUGGUGCGCGCCGGGCUUCCUCUCAGCGCACUGGGGCUGUCGGAGGACGACGAGUUUGUGGCGCUCGCCAAGGAGCGCGCGGUGCUCGCGGCGGCGCCAGGGGAUAACGCGGAGGCGCUCGCGGCGAAGGAGCAGUCUUUGAGGGCGCGGGCCACGGAGUUGGCUGCGGCGGUGGUGAGGCAGGAGGCGGCGCUGCGCGAGCGGAUG